AUGAUCUUCGUGAAGGUUGCCGCCGUGUCUGUCCUGGCCGCGCUGUCGGUGACAGCAGCACCGUCUCCAGCCAGGCAUGUUCUGCACGAGAAACGCCAUCGUCCCUCGGGCGACUGGGUCAAGGGUGCGCGCAUUGAGAGCUCUGCGGUUCUGCCCAUCCGGAUUGGACUGACGCAGACUGACCUCCACAUGGGACCCGACUACCUGAUGGAUGUCUCUGACCCCCGCUCGGAAAACUAUGGGCAGUACUUCUCCAUGGAGCAGGUCCAUUCCAUGUUUGCGCCUGUUGAAGACCAUGUCCAUGCGAUCAAGGAGUGGCUGCACGAGUCUGGCAUUAACAUGUCUCGACUGGUGCACUCGGACAACAAAGGUUGGCUUGCAUUUGAUGCGACGACCGAGGAAGCCGAGCGUCUCUUCCAGACAGAGUACUACGAGCAUGAGCAUGCACAGAGUGAUCGGGUCCGCGUCGGCUGCGAUGGCUAUCAUCUCCCGGAGCACCUCGCCCCACACAUUGACUACAUCACGCCGGGUGUGAAGAUGACCCAAGCCGUCAAACGUACUAUUAAGAGGACUCCCAAGAGGAAGACCAAACGGAGCAGCCAGGCUCUGCAUACAACGACCGAAAUGAGUCUUCCCGAGAAGUGGUCCGCCCCGGAGGGCGUGUCCCCCGAGCUUGCUGGCUGCGGUUUUAACAUGACACCACCGUGCAUUCGGGCGUUGUACGAUAUUCCCUUGCCGACGAACAAGCCAAACCCCAAGAAUGGUCUGGGAUUAUACGAGCAGGGUGACUACUUUGCCAAGAAGGACUUGGACCUUUACUGGAAGAAUGUCUAUCCCGAGGUCCCACAAGGAACAUAUCCCAAGCCACAACUAAUUGACGGUGCCAAUUACUCUGUUCCGGCAAAUAGCUCUCUAAAUACAGGAGAAUCCAAUAUCGACAUUCAGAUGACGACCUCGCUCAUUUAUCCGCAAGAAGUCAUUCUCUACCAGGUUGAUGAUCAAUUGUACGAGCCGGCUGAAGUCGCUACUACCAACUUGUUCAAUACUUUCCUUGAUGCACUUGACGGAUCCUACUGCACCUACAGUGCAUAUGGUGAGACCGGAAAUGACCCAGACAUCGACCCGAUUUAUCCAGACCAGCGUGAGGGGGGCUAUAAAGGUGAACUGCAAUGUGGCGUCUACAAACCGACUAACGUGAUUUCCGCAUCUUAUGGUCAAGCUGAAGCCGAUUUGCCGCCAAAGUAUGUCGAACGACAAUGCAACGAGUUCAUGAAGCUUGCAAUGCAGGGCCAUACCUUGCUCUUCUGUUCUGGUGACUUCGGUGUAGCGUCGCUUCCGGACGACAGUGGGCAUAAGAAUGGCUGCUUGGGGCCCGAGUCACGUAUCUUCAAUCCUCAAUACCCUUCGGGUUGUCCGUGGGCGACCUCUGUCGGAGGCACGAUGCUUUACAACGACCAAAACGUCAACGACCCGGAGAGUGUGAUGCAAGUGGACCUGGGCGGCGCGGCAGCCAAUUUCUCAUCUGCCGGUGGCUUCUCCAACUACUUCGAGACCCCAUGGUAUCAGAAAUUGGCCGUUGAAGAGUACUUCCGCAUCGGCGAUCCCCAGUAUCCAUAUUAUGAAGAACUAGGUCUCGUCGAUUUCAACAAGACUAAGGGACUUUACAAUAGGCUGGGCCGCGGUUUUCCAGACAUAUCCGCCAAUGGCGCGUUUUUCUCCUCGUUUCUGGAUGGCAAAUUCACGCAUUUCUAUGGUACUAGCUUAGCAACGCCACUUUGGGCAGCUGUUGUUACUUUGAUCAACGAAGAGCGACUGGCAGCCGGUAAGUCCACGGUUGGGUUCCUGAACCCUGUUCUUUACGCCAAUCCGCAUGUCCUGAAGGAUAUCACAAAUGGUACAAACCUGGGCUGUGAUAGCGACGGGUUCUCAGCAGUCGAGGGCUGGGAUCCAGUGACUGGACUCGGAACUCCAGAUUUCCCAAAGCUGAAGGAAUUGCUGCUGUCUCUCCCAUAA